CGCAGUUAAACUGGGGAGACGGUGGCCGAGAAGUGGCGAAAGAGGCGCACCGACCAAGAGCCCCGUGGAUGCUGCAAGUGGAAGACAAAUGACAAGAAGCAGGUUUUCUAACUGGGUUAUUACACUUUUUGGAGCCAUUCUUUGAAAAAUGUCCAGCCCUGCUAAUGCUGAGGCCCAGAUGUCUGAGCUGGAUCUUCUGCUCAGUAUGUUUCCUAAUGAGCUUCUAGUGGAUGAUCAGUUGGCUUUAGCAAAUCUCAGUGACUAUGCACAAGGCAAGAUUCUGAACCCACCAGCUUCAAGACUGCAAUUCACUGUACACCUCCAACUGGAUGCUCCUAAUGUAGUUUGUGCAUUAUCAUGUGCCUUUCCUCCAAAUUAUCCAGCAGUGAUACCAGCAAUGUCAACAAGAUCAGAUGCGUUAUACAGAACACAGCAGGCACAAUUAAAUAUGGACCUUCAUGAGUAUCUAAGGAAAAACUGUUGUGGUGAGAUGUGUGUGUUGAAUGCAAUUGAAUGGAUCAAAGCCCAUGCAGCUACAUACAUGAGCAAAGAAACUAUUCCAAUUGAAAAGAGACAACCUGCUAACAGAACCAAAGAUGUAAUUUGUACUCGACUCUGGAUCUACAGCCACCACAUCUAUAACAAAGAAAAGAGGAAAAAUAUUCUAGAGUGGGCAAAAGAGCUUUCACUUACUGGAUUCAGUAUGCCUGGCAAACCUGGAGUGAUUUGCGUGGAAGGGCCACAGAGUGCAUGUGAAGAGUACUGGACAAGAGCAAAACGGUUGACCUGGAAGAGGAUUCUAAUCCGCCACAGAGAGGAUGCUACUAUGGACGUCACAAACAUUGAUGUGGUUGCUGCAAUGCAAAUGUUUCGCAAGUUUACAGACUUUGAAGAAAAAAUAUUUGAUGUACAUGGUACCAAGGGAAAUCAUAUGGAUCUGGGGCAGCUGUACCAAUUCUUAAAUGAAAGGGAAUGUGGAGAUAUUUUUCAAUUGUACUUUGGUGUUGAAGGAAAAACAUCUUAAAUUAUUUAUGUGUUCACAUCAUUGUUUAUCAGUAACAGGAGAAAAGAUUGUUUAAGUAAGCAAUGAAUUUCAUACAAUACAAUAUUACACUCCAGUAUUCUAUCCAGCCAAAGAAAUUAGAAAUCUAAUUCGAUUUUUUAAAAAUCCUCGUUAUAGAAUCAUAAAAUGGUUACAGCAGAGAAGGCAACAUUUGGUCCAUCAUGUUUGUGCUGGCUGUUAAAUGAAUAGCCUUAAAAAAAUUUGAUUUGUUCACCUAGGAACCUCAAUCCUUCUGACUGUUUUUAUGUUGCUUUUAGUUGUCUUGUAUCAAUUUAGUAAUCUUCCGAUUGUAAUCUUUAGGCUCCUAUGAUCAGACAUAUCUAGUAAUGAUUAAAAUAGAUGUGUGGUUAAUGAAUCAAUACCAGAGAAGUUAAAUGUAUUAAAGAACACUGAAUGUGGUUCCUAACAAAAAAAAACCCAUAAAAGCAAACAAACGAGUGAAUUGUGACAAUUCUCAAUAUCUUUUACCAGUCUUAUCUUCAACUAAAUGCCAUUGAGGACAGUAAUAUUCUGACUGGUAAUAUUGGAAGAAAAGCAGUAAUGAUCAUAGAAAAGCCCUUUAGUUUCAUCAGUCAACACUUCUCCAGGUUAUGAAGAAACUUGACAUAAUUAUUCUAUUUCAGAGUAACAUUAUGUUUUUAUUUAUCAACAAAUCAAUUUAUGGACUAUUUUUCAAAACCAUUUGUAGAAUCUAUAAGUUAAUAAACCAUCAUUGUAUUUAAACAAUGUUUGCAUACGUACCUGAGCAGCCAUAACCUUCAGGGCUACAGACCAAGAGCUGGAAAGUGGGAUUAGGCUGGAUAACUCUUUCGGCCAGUGAAGACAGGUUGGGCUGAAUGACCUCCUGAAACAUUAACUGUUAACAUCCACAGAUUUUUGCCUGACCUACUGAGCAUUUCCAACAUUUACUGUGCUGUAAAAUUUUCUUUACUUAAAUAGAUAUUUCUUGUAAUAAAAGUGAUACUGAAUUAGCUUUU